AUAAACACAUGUUUGGUAUUUCAGUAGAGAAUUGUACUAGUAGAACCGUAGUAGAGUAUUACACUUCUCAGAUACCUUCUUGUCACGUCUCAUGGCAGAAAACAAGUGGUCAAUGACUGUACCUGAAGCUGUCGACCAAAACUUUGGUGAAGAUGCCAUCAUCCCUUGCACUUUUACAACUCCGUAUCCAUACUACAGGCAUGAUAUAACAGCAAUUUGGCAAACCAAAUGGCAAGUAAUUUACCGCUGUGUGAGCAAAGGAAAUCUGUCAGAAAGUGGACACAACUGCACUGAAUCUACUGGACAUUACUCAUUAUCGGGUGACCCAAGAAGACACAACAUCUCAUUGAGGAUUAAAAAUGUCCUGUUUGUGGAUGCAGAAAGGUAUUUCUGUCGUGUUGAGUUGGAUAAGCAAGGAGAUGCCUACGAAACUAGUACAGGAACCAUCUUGAACAUCCGAGCUGUGCCUCAAACACUAGACAGCAUCUACAUACAAACACUUCCAUCAGGGGAACAGUUUGUUACAUGUGAUGUUAAAGGAACACCUCCUCCAACAGUGACAUGGAUCAUUCCAGAGAACAUGAAUGCCUCUUUGGUGUCUGUUCAAAGUGGCUUUGCAGGAGCAUCGUCCUCUAUUCCUGCAAAUCUGCCCAACACCAACUACACCUGCCAGAUACAUGGAAAGAAUGGACUGCAGAAUCGCUCAAUUUACUUUAGUGGAGCUCAGAAGCAACAGCAGCAGAUCCCUUUGAUACUGCUCAUAAUCUUCGUCAUUCUUUCUGGAGUUUUCUUCGUUCUUUUUGUGGUCACUUUGGCAGUUUUGUACAAGAAAGGUAAGGAACACACCCAUCACUUGUCUAUAGUCCUGAAAGACUGUCUGCUGUGUACUAGAGAUAUAAUUAUUCAAAAUACUUCAGAGGACUUUUGUGCAUUCAGCAAUGCAGCAGCAGACUAUGGUCAACUGGGUUGUGAGCAUAACUCAAGGACAUCACCAUUUCUUGGAAGUGACAUGCAGUUGCCAGGUUUGAAGAAAUUGAGCAGGGCAUCGAAGGCAGGUAGCAAAGAAAACAUGACCCCAAGGAUGGGGGUACUGAGCGCUGAGGGUCCAGCCAGCCGAAAGCAAGACGGCUGGCUCGGGAAAUAA